GUCCUUCAUUUACACCAUUGUUAAAUAGAAAAUCCAAGUAGAUUUAUCUUCAUGUUAAUUGUGCUUCAUUAAUCUAGAGGCAUUGUUUUCCUCUUUGAUGCCUUCAUUCACUGGCAUCUCGAGAGGCCUGCUGUUUUAUUGCCAGAUAUUAAAUCUUUUUUCCUUUCCAUUUUCUCAAUUUAAGUUCUUCUGGAAAAUUCUUUGGUUGUUGAUGGCAGCAAUGAUACGGACUAAGCUAAGCUUGACAAUUGUAGAGAAUUCAUUAGCUGUGGUUGGUGCUUCUAGUGUCUUAGAGAGCAGUUAUCCAGGUCAUGAUAAUAAUUUGGGGGGAGCCAAAGUUUGAACUACUGGCGUUCUGCAACUGUGUCACUUUUGACUAGUGGUCAGUCACCAUAGCCAUUUCACAUCUGUGAUGGCCAAGGUGCAGAAGGGUCGGCCCAUUCAUUCAUUAUAAUGUACAAGGGAUUGCGAUCGAGUUCAUCUUCAUCUUUAUUAAAAGAUGCUAAAGAUAAUAUGAGAGCCUCAAGAGUGAAUUGACAUUUCUUUAUUAUUCAGACCUUUGUAGUCCUUGAAUCAUUUCCUUUCGAGUUAGCUCGAAAAGGAUGACAAAGUUUCUUCAUUAAGCUGUUCAGUUUUUGAAAACAGAGGCAGCCUCAUUUUUACUUUCCCGGGGACUGAGGUCUUAUAUAACAAAAAAGCAACAUAACGUUUUUAUCAUCACGAGCUUUCUUGAAUACGGCUCUGAAACUAGAUGUGUCGUUAAAAAAACAAGAGAAUAAUGCACAGAUUGGCGAAGAACAAGAAGGCAACUAGACACAUUGUUUCUUGGUCUUCCAAGCUGCAGGAGGAUAAUAUACUGCGUGAACAAAUUGGCAUCCUCGGCAUGGACAAUUGGACGCAUAUUGCUUCCAAGUUUACUAAUAAAACAACUAGACAGUGCAGGAGAAGAUGGUUCACCUAUCUCAAUUCUGAUUACAAGAAAGGGGGGUGGUCACCAGAGGAAGACAAUCUCUUAUGUCAGGCUCAGAAGAUAUUUGGGAAUCGAUGGACUAGGAUAGCUAAAGUGGUAUCAGGCAGAACGGACAAUGCUGUAAAGAAUCGAUUCUCUACUCUUUGUAAAAGGAGGACAAAGCAUGAGCCUUCAGCAAAAGAAACUGCAACUCGAGCAAAGCUUGAGGCUUUAGCAAAAGAAAACGCAACUACUUACGUCGACUUGAACAACAAAAGGGUUGUCACUCAACUUGAUACUAAUUCCAAUGAGUUAUCAGAAACUAGUGUGCCUUCUAAGAAGAUGAGGAGAGGCAGCUCUGAUGUUAUUGAAAGACAACAAGAGGAAUUUAGUGAAGUGAAUGAGCAACUGACACCAUCAUUAGCAGUAAUACGACGAAAAGUUGACAUUUUGAGAAACUACUGCCAACAAUCUUGGAGGGCUUCACAGUUAUAUGUAGACUCUCCAGGGAGUUCAGACUAUAGUAUUGGAUCAACACUUUUGACCCAUAUAGCACUUGUUAAACCUGAACAUGUUGCAUCUGAUUUUUCACUUCAAAACACAGGAGCUGAUAUUCAACCAUAUAAACUCGGACAGUCAAAUGUUGAUUGUGAUGUUGUAAAGGAUGCUGUCACCUGCGAAACAACAAACCAAAGUGGAGAAAUUUCAUCAAAAAAUAUCAUGCUCUCUUUCAAUGACCUGAAAGCCAAUGAUGGAAGUUUUCAUGACUUCUCAAGUAAUGAGUUUGACUUCCCACUUCAAGCAACUCCAUUAUUCAGAUCAUUGGCAUCUGGGGUUCCCAGCCCCCAGUUUACAGAAAGUUAUGAUAUCAAAGAAGAAAGAGUGAUGCUUUGUAACGUUUGUGUUGCAUGGAUAUCUCAGGAGAGGGAAUUCCUACUUAAAACACUUGGUGUGGAGGCCGCAUCCCCUAUCCCUGAGCACAACAGCUUCGCGACCUUCAACUUGCAAAAGGGUGCUUCUUCAAAGCCUCUGAUCAACACCUGACUCCUAUAUUUGCAGUUUAUUUGAUGGAUUUCACAAGCACAUGUUUUAUCUUCAGUUUUGGAGUUCAUUUUAACUCGACUCACAGUCAUGCCUACCCUACAUCUUAUACACACAGAUUUUCCAUGAUCAGAUCUGACCUUGGAAUCCAGAAUGCAAUGGUGCCUCCUAGAUUCCGGUGAAGAUUUUAUCCUACAUCCAGUUUUUUUGUUUGAGUUGCCAACGCUUGUGUUCACAUUGGAUUCAAUGGCCCUGAGUGGAAUUUUUUUGUUGUUCUUCUUUUGGGCUUUUGAAUCUGGGUAUUUAAUUCUGCAUAAGUUUUUUUGUCUAGAUUUAUUGUUUGCCCAACACCUCCUGUAUACCUUCUCACUGUAUUCCCUUUUCUUUCUCCUGUCGGUUUUCUCUGUAAUUUGCCACAAAGUUUACUGAAUGGUUGAAGAAUGUGCUUUUGGUGCAA